AUGGGACGUUUUCGAUCGCUCACCGCGCGCGGGCUCGCGCUUUUGAGUCACCUCACGACGUCCUCGAUCGAUGCGAAGAGCGUCGCGAUCGAGGACGCGUUGCUCGAGCGGUUAACGCGUCGUGAGAUUGAUUUCUCAAAUCUGAAACACAUCACCGAAGACGCGCGCGACGACGCUUUAAUCUACGGUGCGUCGAGCGGGACGUUUAAGUUGAACAGUACGAGGGAUGCGCACUUGUUUUACACCUUUUUCGACCGUCGUGGGUCCGGAGACGGGCGAGCAUCGAUGAAUGAUUCAGAUGAUGAGUCGCCUCUGAUAAUUUGGCUCACGGGAGGUCCCGGGUGCGCGAGCGAGCUCGCGUCGCUGUACGAGAACGGGCCGUACGCGAUGGAACGAGAUCCGAAGAGCGGUGAGGCGAGAUUAGGACGAAGGGCGCACGCGUGGAACGACGCGGGGCGACUGCUAUAUGUGGACUCUCCAGUGGGCACCGGUUUCUCGUACACGAGUAAGCGGGCGGACGCUGCGCGAGACGAGACGACGGUGGCGAACGAUUUGUUGGAGUUCCUGUCGGCGUUCAUGCUGUCGAGACCGGAGUUGGCGGACGUGGAGGUGUACGUGACUGGGGAGUCGUACGCGGGGCACUACGUUCCGGCGUUCGCGCACAGGAUUUUUGAGGCAAACAAAAAGGGCGACAAUCCGGUGCGUUUCAAUCUGCGCGGCGUCGCUAUCGGUAACGGACUCACGGAGCCAGCGAUUCAGUACGGUGCCUACGCCGAUUACUCGCUCGGAAACGAUAUCGUCGACGCUAAAGCCGCAGCCGAGGCAAUGAAGGCGUAUCCGGCGUGCCGGAAGGCAAUCAAGGCGUGUUAUCGCGGCGAUGCGGGCGAAAAGUCGAACCGCGCGACGUGUAUCCGAGCCUUGAACGCAUGUCAGAUCAUUCCAGAGACGCUACUGGAAAACGCCGCAUCACGAUUCGAUGGGAAAGCGAUCAACGUGUACGAUAUUAGAAAAUCGUGCGACGCCGAGUUGUGCUAUGAUUUCAGCGCCGCAGAAGAGUGGUUGAAUCGAGCUGACGUUCAAAAGGCGCUUGGGGUGAACAAAAAAUGGGAAAUGUGCGACAAUCGCGUGCACUCCGAUAUGAUGGGAGACUGGAUGCACGAGUACGAGGACAUGAUUCCGCCCUUGCUCGAGGCUGGGAUUCGUUUCAUGAUUUACGCGGGCGAUCAAGACUUCAUCUGUAAUGCCCUCGGUAACGAGCGAUGGGUGAAAGCGAUGAAAUGGAGCGGACGCGCCGCUUUCACCGCCGAGCACCCGCGCCCAUUCGUCGUGUCCACUUCCGGCGACGAUGAAAUCAUUGGUGGAACGGUGACGGAAUCUGGCAAGCUCAGUUUCGUCAAAGUUUCGCAGGCUGGUCACAUGGUACCGAUGGACCAGCCGCUAAACGCCCUCACGAUGAUUCAGCGAUUCGUUCGUGGUGAGCCCAUCGCACGUGGCGAUGAGACGACUCCGGUUCGCGGCGCCGCGCCAAGACGUGCUGUGCGUGAUUCUCUGCGCGUCGCGUCGCAGUGA